UAAUUGAUAAAUAUUAAACCUCGAUAAAAUAUGGAGCUUAUUCAAGAUCUUAACCAAGUAGAUCCUGCUGGCCAUGUUGUGGAGGAUCCUGAGCUAAUGAAUUACCCUGCUACUGAAGACUACACAUAUGAAGAAGAUUUCAAGCAAGAGUUAGGCAACGAUAUUGAUUCUUCCUCCAUCGAACAACUUCAAAAAUCCAACCAUGUUCAGUACAAUUGCAUCCAGAAAUUAAAGAAAGACUGAGAUUACUGGCAGAAGAAGUGACUCACAUUAACACUUGAUAACCAAGUAGUUGAGUUUGACUUAAAGAAAGCCAAGAAGGCCAAGAUUGCAUGCUCUAAAGAGAAUAAAUCUCUUAAGGAAACAACAAGCCAGCUUUUGAAUUCAGCAAAAGAAGAGCAAAAUAAAGAACUUGAGGAACUGAGACAAGAGAAUGAGAAAUUAACAGCUAGACUGAAAGAAGCAGAGGCUAAAGUCUCUGUUCCUAGGGAAGAGCAGGAGAUUAUCAAUGAUUUCACUUCCAUCCAGGACUUACCAACAAUGAUGAGAGUUUUACAAGCUUGACAAAUGCAAUUCAACCAAAAGCAAUAUGCUUUCAUGCUUAACCAACAAAAGUCAGCAGGAAUGGGCGAUGGCUCAAACGGAGUAAUGCCAACAGCAGAUAUGAUGAUGAAUGGAGGCUAUAUGAUGGCUCCUCAAAUGAUGAAUCAAAUGCAGUACAACAUGGGUAUGUUCCAAAGCCAGCCUGAGAACAAUGGAAAUGCUCCUGCCCAAAAAUAACUCCAACACAUAAUUGAGUAAGAUGGUCAUAUUCAGUCAUUUGUCCUGUAU